UUCAUCCUCCCCCUGUUGAUUCUCUGUUGAUAUCGCUCUGGUAACUGGAACUGGAAACGUCACCCGCUCAUCCUAAUAUCCCCACUUGUUCCAAUUACCCACCAUUGUAGCUGUUUUAUGCUCAUGAAACAAAGAAAUAAAUAAAAACAGUCCGCCGAAGGCCCUCCCCCUUUCACGACACGCUGCGUUGCUCGCGUCCUGACGUGUCGCGGCGGCGACGUCGAAGACGUAGGAAACAUGGCUGCUCCCUGCUAGUCGAAGUGUUUCCCUUGAAUUUUUAUCUGUUUGUGCAAAACUUUCAUUUCUGAACGAUGAUUAACACCGAGAAAACGUUCCCAUCUGUUGAAGAGCAAGUACAGGACGAGAUGGAAGAAGAAGACAAGGAGGACGACGAAGAGGAAGGAGCCACAAGCUCAGAUGAUAAUAAUAAUAAUAAUGAGGAGGAGGAGGAGAAGGAUGAAGAGGAAGCAGGAGGUGAAAAGGAAGCAGAACCGUCUUCUGCUGCGGAGGAAAAGAAGCCCUCCGAUGUCCUGAAUCUAAACAACGAGGUGGUGAAGAUGAGGAAGGAGGUGAAGAGGGUGAAGGCUCUGCUCAUCAGGAAGCUCACUCGUCAGAUUGUCGCCUUGAAGAAGAAGAAGGGAAAGGAGGCAGAAAUGGAGAGGAAUCAGAGGAGAGCUGCGAGGCUGCUGGAGGAGGUCCACAGCAUGAAGAAGCUCCCUCCAGACGGGGUGACCAAGACGGCCUUGCGAAAGAACCUCAACUUUGAGCGUGUUUGCAAAAACCCCAAGUCGACCAUGUUAGACAGAGCCGUAGCACGCAUCGCCAGCCACCCUCAGUUCAGGAAGAAGAUCGAGAGCAUCAGAGCCGCCGUCAAAGACUUCAGAGAGGAGCGCAACCAGGCCAGAGAACAGGGGGAGCACCCGAAAGGCCAGAGGCGACCAGAAAAAGCCACCCAGCUUUCACCAGACACAAGACAAGACAGGAAAAAGGAGGAUGAAGACAAAGACAAUCCUUUGAACCAACAAGUGGAAGACAUUAAGAAAGGAGCAGAUGUCCUUAAAAGUGCUAAGACAUCAGUUGUACAAUCACCUGCUACCCCUGAUGUUCACAAGCAAGAGAAGCCAGAGUCUACCAGUGCUAAAGCUACUGUAGUUAAAAGCAGCAUGAAGCCUAAGCCUCAAAGUAAACACGAGGAGAAGAAUUCCCGUCUUCAUUCUGUUCCUGAAGUAGCUCUCGAAAGCGCAGAUGAAGAAGAGAGCGACGUAGAGUCGUCGGACGGCGAAGAGAAAGAGUACUUCGACGACAGCACGGAGGAGCGUUUCUACAAGCAGUCCUCCGCGUCAGAGGAGAGCGAUGAAGACGACUUCUUCAUAGGGAAAGUUAGCAAAUUCAAGAAGAAGAAGAAAAAAGAGACGAGCGGCGAAGUGGAGGUGGAUAAAGAACGGGAAGGGAAAAAAGAUCCGGGCGACCCGAAAUCCGACAAACUCCAGAGUGAACUGAACGAGCUGCAGUCCAGGUUGAAGCCCAAACCCAUGACAGUUCAGUCUGUGUUCUGCUCGUCGCUGGCCGGAGGUAAGGGCAGACGGGGUGGCAACAAAGGGAAAGGGACGGGUAAACCUGGAGCUCCGGGGAACUCCAAAACCAUCGGAGGUCUAAAUGAUGGAGGCUCUGGCAAAUCAAAGUUCAGAAAGCAGGAGAACAGAACUUCAAAUUCUGGGACCAAGUUCGGCAAACGCCCCGAGUCGAACAGAAAAGAAUCUGGGUCUGCCGGGAGAGGAAGAGGCGAAGACGUCCGAAAGCAGAAGGACAACAGGGGGGGAGGCUUCCUCUCCCAUCAGCCGCCACAGCCGGCGCUCCAUCCAUCAUGGGAGGCCAGCAAGAAGAGGAAGGAGCAGCAGGGACAAAUCCUGGCAUUCCAAGGGAAGAAGAUUAAAUUUGAUGAUGAUGAUGACUGAAGGAAUAGUUUUAGAACUGAAUAAAUUUAGCCUUCAGGAAUGUAUUUUGGUUGCGGUCAUCUUCUGUUCCUCCUAGAUAUGAAGUCUAUUGCUUAGACGUUUGUCAUUUGUUCAAGUGUAGAUUCAAGACGGUGUGUUGAGGCCGUUGUGAACGUCUUUGUCUUUAGUGAUAAAACUUAAAUCUUAAGAUGCUUGAGACGUCAGAAUAUGACGGUUUAGUACUUAAAAAAAAACAACUACUGUGUGUUUCAAGGAAAAUUUCUAUUAAACUUGGUUUUUCACAUUUGUGAACAUGGUCACCUAUUUCCCUGUUUACAUUUCCAUAAAACUCAUAUUGUGACGUGUUUAUAUACACUGUGGAAAACCUUUCACUCGACUAACCAUUUCUUGUUUAUGCGUAAUAUCAGGCUAAUACCUAAUAGCCCCUGUUAUUAGGCAAGUUUAAAUCAAUGGCAAAUUUUGGAGGGUUUUUUUUACCCUUACAGCUCUGUGUUUCUUCAAAUAUUCUAAGCGGUGUCUUUGAAUUUAUUUAAAGUUACACUGAAUUGUAUUAAUUCAAUAAAAUAUUCGAUCAUUUGAA